AAAUAAAUUUAAUUAAUUAUAUAAUUAAAUUGUAUUAUAAUUAUACAUAUAUAAUUAUAUAGUUAAAUAAAUUUAAUUAAUUAUUAAAAUUUAACUUAUUCCUAAAUAAUAAUUAUUUUUUAAUGAUUUUUAAUUUUUCGGCAAAAAUACUAUAGAGUAUAAAAUUGCCGUAAUGAGGUGGUUACAUAGAAUUAUUAUCCUUUUUGGUAUUACUAUUUAUUUGAGACAUAGCAAUCUGUUAGAUGAAGAAAUUGAAGGUGUAUGAUAUAAUGGAUUAUAUAGGAUAAAUGCAUUCACUAUUAUACUUCGUAUAAUAUUUGGUCAAUACAUAUGACAUAUAUAUAUUACAUCAUAUUGUUGUAAUAUUAUAAGCAUCCCACCUACGGUUAAGAAUGUAAUAAUUUAUGAUUUUCAUACACUCAGUUUAUUACAGAUAUCUAGAGUACGUCGUAAAAUAGUAACAUAUAUGAAUUGCAUAAAGCUCGGUUUUUUUUCAAUAUAUUUGAGAUCUGCAAAUGAAGUUUCAAUGAGAUCAUGUAACUGCCAUGACUAAAGAUGUAUUUUAAUUUUGAAUGGGUGAUGUACUAAGUUAAAAUGGGAAAUUACAAAUAAAUACACAAUAUGCGACGUCUGACUUUAUUAACAUUUUUGUCAUGAUAUGCGACGUCUUGAUGUGGAUUUCGUUCGUUCGAAUAAAUAACAAUUCGCUAAUUGGCUUUUACUUGAUUAAGAUGAUUCAUCAAAACAAUGUUACCGAGUGUUUCGUAAAUAAGAGGAAAUCGUUGUUGUUAUAAUGUAUUUAUUUUAACUUUGGAAAAAAAGAAGAGUCGUGGGCAGUAGCUAAUGUGACUAUUGUGUACGUUGAAUGUACAUUCAAUAUUUGAAGCGCAUUUGACAUGCGUAUAAUUAAUGUUUAAGAACUCGUUCGAUUUUCAUUUCGAGUAGUAGGCUAUAAUAGGUUUCUUUAUUUGUGUUGCAAAUAGAAGUAUGAAAUCCUAAUCGAACGAGUUUCGAAAUCUUGUUUCUUCGGUCGCGUUCAUGGCUCGAAAUUCAAGAAAAUAAACUAUUGAUAAGUCGUUUGUUACGCAAUAAAGGAUCGUUCGAUGCGAAUAGUUUCAUAUAAUUAGAUGAUUUCAAUACGCUGCUUCGUAUAUGAAUUUAUGUAUGAAUAAAUAGCGUGCCAUUGGUCUCGACAGAGUUGUGUAAGUAAUAGUCGUUCUUCCUAAUACGGUUCGAGACCUGUGUUUGAAUUGUCAUAAAUUUAAUUCAUCAAUGAGAUAAAUAAGGAAAAAAAUUACCGGGGACGUGGUACGUAUAUUUCUAUCGAUCUAGUGAGUUCAAGAGAGGUAAGGGUUUACAAUCCUCUCGAGCUACUAUCAAUAGUUUAUUUUCUUAAUUAUGAACACACUUGUUCCACGAUUAAUGGCAUAAUAGGUUUAGAAUAAAUGUGUUUCAUAAUAACACAGAAAUAUUUUUAAGAAAUGAAGCGUGUCAUUAAAAAUAAUAUAAAACAAGUGCAAUAUGAAAGUACAAAAUUUAACCUUUCAUUUGAACUUUGUAUAUUUUACAAAAAAAAAAGAAAAGAAAGAAACGGAUAUAUGGACGACUUCUCCGGUACUCUAAAUUCUAGUUAUAAGAAUUUUGAAAAUGUUUUACCAUUAGAAUCUCAAGAACCUGUAAGACCAUGAUCCUGAUAACGUACUUAUAUAGCGUUGAAUUUUUGGAUAUUCUCUAAUGAUAACGAUAAAACGAUGGAGCGGUUUAGAACGAUUUAAAAAUAAACAAUUUUCUAAUCGCUUGAACGUUAUCCUGAAUUUUGUAUGAUCGAAUAUUUAUAUUCGAACGACGAAUUCCAUAUUAUUUAUGGAUCGAUAUAUAUAACAAUGGAUAUUAAGUAGUUCCAGUAGCGAUCUGAUUGAUCUUUGGUAUAAUUGUAGAGUAAAUGUACAUACAUAUAAUUAUUUUCCAAAAAAAUACUCAUUGUUAAAUGUAUAUGACGGAAACUGUUAUAGAUAAGGCUAUUAUCGUCAUUUAUAUUAAUUGAGAUAAUAAACGACAUUUCGAUUAAAUAACAUUUUUCCAUAUUAUUGCAUUGAUAGUGUAUAUUUAAAGAAAAAAAAUGUUAUUCGUAUAUUAUACAUGUGUGACAAUCGUAUUUUUUUAUUUUUCUUUCUCGCAUUGUUUUACUUUCGUUGAAUAAAUUUGCGGCCCCGUGUCCAUAAGUUUCUAUCAUAGAUAAGUAAUUAAGUAUAAUCUUUGUAUAUAUAUUACCUAAAAUUACAUAAUUAAUUAUUUUUAAUACAUAUACUGAUUCGUUUCGAGAUUCAGAAACUCUGAAUUACAUGAUAUUUAAUUUAAAUAUCUUUAAGAUUUUCUUUUUUUUAAUUGUGAUUUUGCAUUGUUAGUAGAAGGAUAUUUUAAACUAAAAACGAAGAGAUAUUAUCGAACUACAUACAAGUUAACUCGUGUGAUUGUACAUUUUAUAUGAUAUAUCGUACACACACAUGCAAUCACACGAAAUAAGUCUACCUGCAUUACAUUCGUGUAUCGCUAAAGCGCCGUCUACCUGUUGCAUUCACCACUAUAAGUGCCUGAAUUCCAGUUUCAUCCAAAAUCCUUUAGGAGAACGAAAGACUAAUUAGAUUUCUGGUUCGAGACUUUACCGUUAUACUCUUAGUAUAUUUAUAUUCUUCGAUGUAAAAUAUCUUAAAUACUUUUACUUAAACUUUACUACUUACACACAGAAGAUUUGUACAACAUUUAUUAGCAUGUUUAAUAUGUGUACUUCUGUUAUGCUGUGCCUGGCCUCAGUGAAUUUUUGACAUUUAACGAUUCAUGUUUUGGAAGUGUGAUUUUAACGCAACAUUGAGGGAAAAGAAUGGCUUUUUUAUGUCCAGUGCGUAUACGGCGAGGAAAGAAAAAGAAACCUGGAGUACAUAAUUUUAAUUUGGAAAAAGAUUGUGUUGGAGGAGGUGGUACAGGUUUGGGUUUAGGAACCAAAGUACCAUUGCCGCCUGGUCGUAUAACAGGAAGUGCUAGUAUUGAAACUUUAGUUAGAGUAGGUAUUGAAAAAGAAAAUGGACUUUCACCAGAUAGUAAAAUGGUCAUUGUCCAUGACUUUACGCCUUGUGUUGACGAUGAGCUCCAAGUGAAACGUGGCCAGGUUGUAAAUGUUUUGUAUAGAGAGAAUGAUUGGGUGUAUGUAAUAGCAGCUGAUACUCGUAUGGAAGGCUUUGUACCACAUUCAUAUUGUGCACCUUACACAUCGCAGCUUGCUGAAUUAACACUUGCUACUCUUAUGAACAAUGUGAAAAAGAAACUACCAAGGUCUAAUGAGACUGAUUGUGAUUUUGCUGGUACAGGUCGUUCGCAAACAGUUGAUGCACAACAAACUGACACAGGAUCUGCAUCAGACUGUGAAAGUUAUGCUCGUAAUGUGACUACUGCUGAUACAAAUGUUAAUAGAUCUAAUAUUACACAAUCUCAAAAUUCUAUUCAAACUAUAUCUUCUCAGCCCGAUGUGCACCCUUUCUUUAAAGAUCCAUCAGCUGGAAGAUAUAUUGUACUUUAUACUUUUGUCGCUAGAGAUGAAAAUGAUGUUAGUGUAGAAAGAGGAGAAUUUGUAACUGUGCUCAAUCGUGAUGAUCCUGACUGGUUCUGGGUACUUAGACACUGUGAUGGCAAUGAAGGAUUUGUACCAUCUGGAUUUGUAUAUCCAGGACAUGUUCUUCAUUCUUAUGCAACAACAACUAGUACAACUACCACUACUACUACUGCAGCUACAACAUCUGCAGAAACACAUAGCUUAGGGAAAGGUAAUAAUAUACCAGGGAAUGAGUCAUUGCAACAAAAAGGUUUACGAGAUUUUCGAGAUGAAACAAACGGAACAGAAUUAGUUGUACUUUAUGAUUAUAAGGCGCAGGCGCCAGAUGAUUUGUCAGUAAGAAGAGCUGAUUGGAUUUAUGCAGAUUUGGGAAAUCAAACUGUGGAUGGUUGGUUAUGGGCAUAUGCACCUAAGACACGCAAAUAUGGUUUCAUUCCAAAAGCAUAUGCCCGUCCUCCUGCUAUGACAAGCUUAUGAUACAAACUAUAAUCUUAUGUAUCUUGCACUUUUUGCAUAUAUUCAACUAAUAAAGUACUUUUAUAUAAUACUGCAUUUUAAACAAUACUCAGCCACAUGGAUACAUGAGAAUUAUUUCUAUUUAAUGUACAGUAACAUUAACAUUGAGUGUAGCACAAUCGGAUGUAAUGUGACAAAGGAGACCUUCGUGCAGGACUAUACAAUCACCUGUUGACAAAAUAUCUCGAGGACAUUGGGCUGUUCUUAAUGAAUUCACUGGACCUGUAUAUGUCAGGGAACAACGUAAUCGAGCAGCUAGUACUGAUAAUGGCAAUCGGUUCCGAAACUUUGGAUUAAUCUGACUACUGUUAAAUAGUCUUGCAACAGGAUCUCUUAUUAUGAAGAUAUAUCGAAGGAAUACAUACGAUAUUAAGCUGUAUCACAUUUUAGAAAAGAAUAAGAUAUACUUACGGGAGUUUAUUGGAAACUAAAAGAAGGGCUAGACAUCGACUAGAAUUUACAGAUAAAGCCUUAAAACUAACAAUCAGUGUACUUUUAAUGCCUGGCUCCACAUUCAAAAUGGGUACUUCUGGAUGAUCAAAAAUAAAAUGAUGUGUUAAUGCUGAAAAA